AUGUUCUGGCCUCUAACUAUCUUCCCGCGAUGGAGCGGGCACCCCCUCCCCUCCUCCCAACGCUUUGACGGCCUUACCAUCCUCGUCGCCGGCUCUUCUAGUACCAUGGGCCUUGAAGCUGCUAAGAAGCUCGCCGCCGCCGGAGCUUCCACUCUGGUGGUCACCGCCCGGACCGAAGCUCGCGCCCAAAGCAUCAAGACCGCCAUCGAAGCUCACCUGAACUCAUUAUCCGUCGCCCCACCGCCCACCAUUAUCCCCCUCACCGUCGAAAUGACCUCUCCAACCUCCAUCCACGCCUUCAUCCACUCCCUCUCCUCCCACGUGCAGCACCUGGACCACGCAAUCCUCAACGCCGGCACCAACGAAUCCACCCACAGCCUCUGCGCCACGGGGUACGAAACCAGCAUCCAAGUCAACGCCAUCUCCACCACCCUGCUGGGCCUCUCCCUCCUCCCGCUCCUCCUCGCCUCCCCGAACACCACCAAUCCCACCAUCUCCCUACGCCCGCACCUCGUCUUCGUAUCCUCCGGCACCGCCUGGCUCGUCAAACCCGCCACCCUCCCCACCGCCCCCUCCUCCACCACGCCCAUGGCCGACCUCUCCACCCCCGCCAACUGGCCCCCCGGAACCUUCGGCGGCCAAGCCCUGUACUCGCGCUCCAAGCUCUGCCUCGAGUACGCGAUGCGCCACCUCGCCUUCCUGCCCGUCCUGCGCUCCGACCCAGCCGCAAGCGACAGCCCGCCCCGCGUCCUGGUCACGAGCUGCUGUCCCGGCCCCGUCGCCACGAACCUGGCCCGCAGCUACACGGCCAACUCGUGGGUCGCGACGUUGGGCGUGGCGCUCAUCAGCCAGCUCGUGAGGGCGCCGGAGGUGGGCGCCAACAUCCACGUGAGCGCGCUGGGGAGGGGCGAGGAGGCGAGGGGGGAGAUGUGGAAGGAUGAUGUGGUGGUGAGUGGGGAAAAGGUGAGGAAUGUGAAGGAGGGGGUGGGGAGGGAGUUGGGCGAGAGGGUGUGGCGGGAGAUGAAGGUUGUGGUGAAGGAGCAGGAUCAGGAGCAGGGUGGGGAGGGGUUGGUGGAGAGGAUGCUGGUGGAGGGGGAAGAACGAGGGUGA